CGUGGCCGCUGAUGCUCGUGGCAGAAUAAAAACAAAAAUUCACAACAGUUAACAGCAGUAAAGAAACAGCGCAGAGUUCGGGGGGAUCUUUCAAGGCAUUUUAUCGUUUGCUUUGUGUACCGUGCACUCCGUGGCGCUUAUUUCAGCUGUUGCGAUUCAGACACAGUCAUGAUGCUGCUGACAACAUCUCGGGUAGGUCCAGUGGUUAUUCCUUCCUCUAAUCUGGAUUACUGUGCACUCGUCCGGGCAAAAUGGGGACUCAUUCGGGUUAGGUUGAAUAAAAUGGGAUGGAGUUCUUUCUCAAACCAGCACAUAGUUGUGCAGCAUGCGCGCCCGGAUUUUUGCAUUUGUUGUUUUAAGCAUUAAUUACAAAAAAUGGCUACCCUUUUUAAAUGCUUCUCUCCCCCCUGUCUGCUGAUGAAGUGUUUUAGUCGUUACUAGGUGACACUGUAGGGUCUUAUGCAACACGCGACUUCCCAUCAUUCUUUAGGCAGCAAUCCAAAGGACUGACUUGAAAUUGACUGAAUUUGUGUUGGUUGGGACGUUCCCGUUUUCCAGUAGCACAGUGUUGUCUCAACUAGAAUGCCCCUCAAACAUGAGCUGCAUGUCAGAAAUCAAUAAACGUGACACUAUUUUCAGGUUAAUGCAGAAUGGGAAUUUAACGCCCCCCAAAAAUAGAAUCUUGUGAAAUCAAAGCAUGCUUUCAAUUCAAAAAGUUGUUCUUGGCUGUGUGCUGUUGUCUUAUCCCGCUGUUUUCUUUCAGAUGAAGAGUCUCUUGAACUGCCCUGCCUUUGGAAUCACAGGAAGUUCAGGGUGAAACUUGAUGGGUUGCUGUAACGCAACAUUUAAAUCUAUAUUGUAACCUUUGAGGUCAGCACACUGUCUUGGACGGUACUAUGACAUGAGAGAAAGCCAUAAAAAAACAAAUAUUUCUUUGUGGGGGCAGAAGGUUUUCUGGCCAGUGCAAGCUGCAGGGUGUUAACAUUCAUUACAUCUUGUUGUCUUUAGUGGAUGAAGCUGUCAUUAUAAUCAGGAUUGUAAAAUUUAGUCAGUACAACACAAUUUAGCUAAAAGAAAAAAUAUUUCAAUUACACUUCCGAUGUAUGUUCUUUUAGCAGUAAACUCAAUCAAUGCAGGAUAGGUUUUUCUAUAUUUAAUACUCAUGUUAGAGUAUAACACUCGUCAAUAGAUUGGAUCCAUUAGCUGCUGCCACGUUGAACUAGGUCACUACUUUUGAUUGGCGCGAGCAGACAAAUUGAUCUCACGUCUGGUACGUGUCAAUGCAGUUGCUGCAAUUCACACUGUCACUGUAGCCAACGGUGUGUCGUAGUCACCUAAAUGUCCACCGUUUGUCACCCCACACCAUCUUUGUCUGUGUGUGUGUGUGUGUGUGUGUGUGUGUGCGUGUGUGAAUUAGAGAGACACCUGCUAAUGUUUGACUUUAUUGGUAAAGUUUUUGCCAAAUUCUGAUGAAUGCAUGUAACGAUAAGACCUAAUGAAGCGUAGCUUGUGUGAGGGGGUCACUAAUGAUGCAUGCUGGAGGCUGCCCAACCUUGUGAUAAUCAAUCCAUUCUGUCACGAACCUCCGGUACAAGGGCGGACCCAAAUGCAGGACUUCGAGGCAGAGGCAUAGUGUUCAAUGUAGCUUAUUCCGGAAAUUGGGUCAUACACGGUGUAGCAGACUGACAAGGCAGAGUUACAGAAACGCUAGGCUAGGCGGGAUCCAAAAGACAUGCAGCAAGGUCUGAUGACUGUGGGGCAAACUAACAACUCAACAGGACAGGAACAAACAAAAGGGCACAGAAUAGCUGUGACGAGGGUUAGGCUAAUUUACGCAUAGAGGGGAGAGUCCCACAGGCAGUGAAUGCAACUCACUAAUGCAAGACAACUAACUGGCUAAUGCCAGUGACAAAAACUUCAAUUUAAAUUUCUGUCUAAUUACAGUCCCAAUGUGAAACAGCUGUGAGCUGUGACAGGUGUCACCACCCAGAGCACUGGCGUGGCCACGCCCCUCUUGGCAGUGGCCACGUCUUGGACCCAAAUGCAGGACUUCGAGGCAGAGGCAUUGUGUUCCAUGUAGUUUAUUCCGGAAACUGGGUCACACACGGUGUAGCAGUCAGACAAGGCACAGGUACAGAAACACUAGGCUAGGCGGGAUCCAAAAGACAUAUAUCAAGGUCCGAUGACUAUGGGGCAAACUAACAACUCAACAGGACAGGAUCAAACAAAAGGGCACAGAAUCGCUGUGACUCGUGUUACUCUAACUUACGUGGAGACCAGAGUCCCACAGGCAGUGAAUGCAAUGCAAGGCAACGAACUGGUAAAUGCAGCAACGGGUACCAGAUCGUUGCUUCAUGCCUCGUUCCCGCACUCUCGUAAUCCCGUUCUCGAUCUCCCGUAAACAGACCCCUGCUUGCCCACUGACCCGCCUCCUACGCCUGACGUCCUUGUUACUGCUCUUCGUCUCCCGAGUCGUGCAUUUGGAUCCAACCCCGUGUUCUGGUCGUGACAGAACGAUCUGGCCAUAACAUGGACCCAGGUGCGAUCUGCCAGUCCCUGCAGAUCCAGGGCAGAUGUAUUGCCGAGCAGGAAGCCGCUCUCCAGAUAACUGAUCACCAGUUACAGGAGAUAUGUGGCCGGCUGAACUCGUGGUUCAUGUCAAUGUCCAGCGCUGCUAACGCCAAUCCGCUGACAGCCAUGGUCCCCCCGAGCCCAAGUCCGUCCACGCCCGGCCCCUUGUCGGUCAUGGACACGCAGCAGACCGUGUGUAGGCCACUCUCCCAACCAGAGCGGUUCUCCAGUGACACGGUUAUAUUAAACCCUUCCUCACCCAAUGUGAUCUCCAUUUUGAAUUGAAGCCCUCCGCCUUCCCCAUGACUGUUCCCGGAUAGCCUUCGUGAUAUCCCACCUAACAGGGAGAGCAGAGGCCUGGGCCACAGCUGAAUGGAGCACCGGUUCCGAUACCUGCCACACCUGGACCUCCUUUGCAUGUGCGAUGAUGCAGAUGUUUCAAUAUGUGUUCCUGAAACGUGAGGCGGCGGCUGCUUUGAUUUCACUCCGGUAUCGCCAUCGAGUUCCGCAUCUGAGCGGCGGAGGGCCGGCGGAACGAGGGAGCGCUUGACGCGUUCUUUAAGGCGCUCUCACCCGGGAUUCAAAAUCACCUCAUCGCAGUGGAAUUGCCCACAGACCUGGACUCGCUCAUUGCCCUUGCCUGAGAGUCGACCAGAAGCUCGCAAUACAGGGGAGGGUCGACGGGCUACAGGGGGAUGUCCGGCGGAGCUUCGUACUGCAGACCGCGCGCCAGUCGGAUUAGGCUGUUGAGACAGAGCCCAUGCAAGUUGGGGGGGUUCACGGCUCCCCGGAGGAACGACAAUGACGCCGACGAGAGGGUCGCUGUUACUACUGCGGAUGGCUGGGCCACCACAUGGCUCGCUGCCCAGUCAAACUCAUAUGACCCACACUCAAGGUAUUCAUGACGGUGAGUCUGAAUUACACCGCGGACUCUGCUUCAGGUGACGUUAAGUGCGGGAGAACGUUUAUAGACGGCUACAGCGUUCAAUGACUCCGGGUCUGAUGCUGAUCUCUUGAACCCGUGAGUGAUUGACUUAUUGGGCUUAGAGACCUUUAGAACGCAGCGUCUCCGACAUGCUUAUGCAGCCAAUGGCAAGUUUUUGAGCCAGAUUACUCACCCCACUCAGACCUUAAACAUAACGUUCGCAGACGCACGCACUAAACAUUUGAGUUUUCACGUGUUCGAUUCACAAAGCAGUGACAUCAUCUUGGGGAGCCCCUGGCUCAGGCAACAUAACCCCCUCAUUUACUGGUCCUACCCCUGACAUCCUUGUCACUGGUGCUCCCUUUGACCUGCACACUGUCUUGGACUGCCUGAUCCCCGACACUGGACUGAAUGAAUAUGUUUCCCUACGUUUUCUGAGUCCUGCAUUUGGGUCCAACACCGUGUUCUGGUCGUGACAAUAAAAGGCUCAGGUAGAGUAUGAAGCUGCAGAGAUCAGACCAACUCACUGUGGCUUCAUCUCUCCUGGCCAGAAUCUUGCCUUUGGUCUCUAAACUCCCAACUUGUUGUGGCGAGGUUCACUCCUCCACUCAAUUCUUCCAUGGCAGAGACUCAGUUUCAGGUGUCAUCGAAUAUCCGGCAGAAAAUAUUUUUGUUGCAGAUAGCAAUGAAACUUUUUUUUUCUAGGUUAAGAUGAAUUAUUUUUACUUCUUUUCCAAUUUCACGGCACACAUUUGGCUCAGACUAUUGACAAAUGGUUCAGAUUUAGGCAAAAUUAAAUUGGUAUGGUCGUGGGGUUUUUUUUUGUUUUUGAUUUUUGUAGCUCGAGUCUGUCAGAGGGCCACCCAGAAUGCUACUAACUGCUACUGUCGUUGGGUCUUAGGUCUCUUCCAGUGCCCCAACAAGUUCUUACUCAGUGAUGAGUCCACAGUACUCCACAUCAAGGAGUUUGCUCGUAGAAAUGCCGCAAAUGCCCUAUCAGUCGCCAACAUGAUCGUGGGCAUGGCCUCCAUCCUCAGCAGUCUUGAUGGGCACCAUCAUGCAGCAUGCUGGCUGGUUCUUAUUGGCUACCUGCUGGAUUUGGCAGAUGGAGCUGUUGCCAGGCGACUUGAUGCCUGCUCUGCCCUGGGUGCAAAGCUGGACGACUUUGCCGAUUUCACAACAUUCGGGAUCGCUACAUCCCUGCUCCUGAGGACACCCGACUUGCUGGAUAACAUCCUAUGCAUGUGUUACGCCCUCUCGGUUUUCGUUCGCCUCUGCUUCUUCUCAAGUGGGAUUCCGUUCAUGUACCGCGGACUGCCCUGCAUCUACUCCUCGGCCAUCCUCGCCAGCGCCUCGCUGCUGUCCGGCGCCAACGCGGCCAUGCUGCGAGUCAUCGCUGUGGCCAUGAUCCUCUUCAUGAUCAGUCAAAGUUUCUACCCUCACGACCGAGUGCUGGAAUCCCAGGCUUGGAAGAAAGUUGUCUAUGCUGGGGGUGUGGCCGUGCUGUUCUGCUCGUUCUUCCCUCCUGCCUGUGUUUACUAUCUGCUGUGGUCAGUCUCCUAUAUUUUGUUCCCAACAUCCCUUUGGAGCAGUAAAGUGUAAAUUGAGCACUUCCAGACUGCCGCUGGCUGCCGUGGAGGAUCCAGGCUCGUUUACCUCAAACAAACAGUUUAAGACUGCAUUUUGUUAUUGUUGGACGUUACGCCUUGGAGGGACAAUCCGAGUGAGAAAGUUUUUCAAUGAAGGUAAAGAAGAAAAUUUUUGAUCCCCCGCACCCCCAUCCCCACACCACUCACCGUCCCCCCAAAAUUCUGACGUCUCCGAUGUACUCUUCCAACUGCAGUCUCAAUCCACUUCCUUAUCUGAAUGGCGUGCACACAGAGAUGUUGCGUUCUGUAUUCACAUAAAAUAAUCCAUAGCAAAGAACUCAAUGCAACAUUUUCUCGACGCCCAAUUUUAUUGUGUAUUUGUUUAUUUAUUUAUUUAUUCAGUAUUCAUGACCAGAUGAAGGUUUAGCAAAAUGGGGAGCUUACACUUUUCAUUUAAAAAAACAGCUUUUUGUCAGACGUGGUUUUUUUUUUUUUUUAAUUCAAUGGGUUGUUUUCACGUGACGUCACCCACUGUGCAGCCUCGAACGGCGGCCAUUUUCGAUCCCUGAGCUCCGUUACCUGUGUACUAACAUGGAAAACGAAAGGUAGUGGAAUAUUAUAUAUAUUUAAUAUCGAGACAAACUCAAUUUAUUCCUUUUUUUUUUCAAAAAGUAAAACCUGUAUUUUAGUUCACCCCAAACUAAGCGAAAUGUUUACUAUUUGUUUAAAAUUUGAUGACAAUGUCAGAAAGACAAUAGAAUAAACAAAUCUAGUAUUUCACAAAAUUCUCGAAUCUUUCAUGUGACUAACAAAAAAAGGAUCUUAACUGUAAUGUUGGCCUUCUGAAAAAAGUAUCGAUUAAGCUUGUUAGCUUAGCUCGACGACACAUCAGCACGAUAGAGGUUGAGACCGGGCAGCGGGAUAGCGGCGUCGGGCAAUCGUCCACAAAGCCAAGACUCAGUGAAGCACGGAGCCACAGAACGUUCAAAGUCUUUCGUCGGAAGCGUUAGACGAUGUCACCGCUUACGCAGCCGGACUAGUGUACUAGAUCGCGAGGCUUUGAAGAGUGCGCCGACUAGCGACUCUGGAAAAAGCUUCAGCGAAUUGGCGAGAAUUGUCGAAAAAAAAGUCAAGAGAAAAGUCAGAAGAAGGCUCUCUGAUGGUUAGCAAGUCCUUUCUUGUGUACUUGAGUCCGGAGACGCCCGUGAAACAAACAAAAUAAAAACACACAAACGGUAACGGACGACAUUCCGGAGAUUUCCACAGUGGUAGGCGUUAGGUAGAGAGGUUAAAUGGCGGCACGCAGUGAUGUGUGGCCAAUUCAGCAAAAAAUGCGACGUCAGUGAAAACAAAUCAUACUGUGUUUACUACCUGGCUGUCAUACAGGAUAAAUAUGAAGGGGGUGCGGGAGGGGGGGGGCUAAUCAUUGUAGAAUCACCCUUCUCUGGCUCCAUCUUGUGCCUCACGUGGGAUUUGCAGCAAACCGCUGGACUGUCCCUGGCACACUAAGAACGGGAACACCGAGAGACCCACACCUGACAUGUUACCUUGGCAUCCCGGAAAAACUUUAUUCAUCGCUGAGUGUUAUUAUUGGUUUGCAGUUUUACAUUUUUACCGUCAAGUCAUAAUAACUGUUUUCAAAAAUAUGAUAAAAUGUGAUAUUUGGUCAAAUUGCCAACUCCCCUUUCGAUACCAACCAUUUAUGUGAUGAAACGUUUGGAUAUUCUUGCCUGUGUUUAGUGCAACUCGAAGUGACUUGCUUUCUUUCUCCUCUGCCAUCGGUGAUUUAGAGAAACGCAAAAUUCUGGUUUCUUGUAGCCUCUGUUCUAGGAGGAUUUUUGAAUCGUAUAUCCACACUGGAUUUUUUGAAUGUCUUACUCUCUGAUUGUACCACAUUCCUUCCUUAAACGUCUUCUCUCAGUUUCAUUGAAUGUUCUGGAAGCCAUGGUUCUCGCAAAGUUUUUUUUUUUUUUUUUUUUUUUUAAAUAUUCAAUCCACAUAAGGAUCACGUGUCAAGUACUAACUAAAUCAGAUUGUCUUGUUUUGUUGACCUGCUUGGGUGUUGGAAAACAACAGCCAAAAAAUCUACUGGCUAAACAACUAAAUUUAGUUUUAUGUGGUUGUUGUCACACCACAAUAAUUUCGUAGUAUUUAAAUAGAGAUAUAUGACUCCUAUGGGUCUUUGCCAUGCAACAAUUACAUGAUUAAACAAAAGAGCUUUUCUCAAUAUAUUUUCAGAAAAGGAAACAGAUUGGACGAAAAAAAGAAAAACAUAUAAUAUAUUUAACUUCAGGCACAACUAUUAACAGAGGUUUGAGUUUUUCAUCAGUCAAAACUUUAAAAAUAACUGAACCAUAUUGCAUGAUGGAAGUUAUUAGUAAAUGCAGCUGUUGUCGUACUGUUCCAAAUCCGUGUUUUUAAAGUGGCGAGUGGUGAGAUUGCAAGAAAAAUGUUUAAUAAAAACAAUAAAAAAAUGUUGAAAUACGA